AUGUCCGAUACAGACGGUAUGACCGUCCCCGAGUUCUGGGCGUGCAUCGACGCCGCCUGGUCUCCCAUCCCCGGAGCCGCCAGCGCCCGCGCUGCUUUCCUUCACGCCGACCGCUCUAUUCGUAACGACGCCCUGAAGACUCUCGAUCGCCUCUUCGGCCAAGCCUUCCAGAACCUCAUCCGCGACCUGUGCAAACGUAGCGAGAGGCAACUCUUCUUCUUUUGGAACAUUCACUGGCUCGGAGCUCUCCAGGAUAUCUCUCUGAACUGCUGCAUCUAUGACAACGAGGCCGGUGAAGUGACCGACGACAUGCGCCUGCGCAGCUUUGUUGUCUUGGUCGGAGAGGCAGCUGCCAUCGCUUUCGGGCUCCGCCGCCAAGACUACAUCAACUACAAGCCCAAGUCCAUGCACAUGGAAGGCCUCUUGUGCAUCGAUGAAGUGGUGCAGCAGGCUCAGCUUGAACUUGAAGCCAGCAAGGACACCUGA